CCACGCCCGCGGAAGAGGCGGGGAUGUCCCGGUUCGCCGCGCGGUCUUUCGAACCGGCGGCGUUUUCUGCUUGGUUUUCCGCCUUGGAAUGUUGAGAUCUGGCUCAGUCGUUUAUAGGAUUAUUCAAAGUAAGCCCGGCUGAUUUCAGUGAGAAGCAUAUUUGGAAUGCAGGGAGUGAAUGAAGCUGAAGAUACGACAGUUAUACCCCAGCAAAAGAAAGUUAAACUGUUGACAUAAGGUAUAUCGCGUACAAUUUUCUUUAGAUCAUGCAGACCAGUAUCCCUCAUGGCAUACACCUGAGUGAAUGGCAGAAGAAUUACUUUGCUGUAACCUCUGACACCAGCACACCGGAAGAGAAGGCAGAUGCAUGUCGUUCACAGAUUUUACGCAUUCAGUAUGCCUGGGCAAAUUCUGAAAUCCCCGAAAUUUGUGCUGCCAACCUAUUCAAAAAAUAUACAGAGAAGUAUUCUGCAGUUAUUGACUCUGACAAUGUAGAAACGGGAUUGAAUAACUAUGCUAAAAACAUUGUGACUUCGGCAAAAUGCCAGCAAAAUGACAGUGAUAAAUGGCAAUCUGCUUUUACAACAAGUAAUGUGAUGGAAUUGAAAUGUGUGCAGGAGUUGAUGAAAGCUGGCAAAAAGUUAGAGAAUCCUCUGAAGGCACAAGCUAGCAUAACCAUUGAUAAGGAGGUCAUUGCCUCUGUUUCUUCAAGUCAUCCUAAAAUUGUUCUCUCUAAUGGUAAUGGUGAAUCUGUGUUUGGGGCUGGCUCAUCAAAUUGCCUAGAUACAGUAGCAGAUACUCUUGGAAGAGCCCCAGCUUUGACAUUUCAUCAAAUCAGUAAUCUUUCCUCAUCCAAAGCAGGAAUGCCACCUGUGCCUGUAAGUGAUGUAUCUGAUACUCCUUUUGCCGCUCAAUUAUUUAGAAAUGGUGACUCAGCAGUUAAUAUUAGUCUGCUGCUUAAAAAUAAUUCUCCUGUUGGACAAAGUUCAUCCUUUCCUACUCACUCUGCCUUUCCCGAAGGAAUGAGCAACCUGGGAAAAAGGAAAACAUGUUUUGUGUCCAGUGAGGAAUGCAGUAAUAUUUCUUCUGAUUCCAUUCCUGGUGAAGGUAAGACAUUUUCAUGGAGUGGAAAGAAAAACAGUGAGAACAAAGUCUCUGGUUUCAAAUCUGCAAAAGAACAGUUCUGGGUAGACCAACAAAAGAAACACCAAAAUCAACCCCACCAUACCUCAUUACCAGCUUAUGGUUAUACAAAAAAGUCUUUGGGAGCAGCAAGGCCUCGGGGUCCAUUUUCAAAGUUUGUAUCUCCAGUGCCAAAACAAGAUGGAAAUGGACAUACGGGAAUGCCAUGCAAAGCUUUUGGAAAUGGAGCUACUGAGCGAGUUCAACCAGUAGAUGAACGGUUGAAGAAUAUAGAUGCAAAAAUGAUAGAACUUGUUAUGCAUGAAAUCAUAGACCAUGGACCUCCAGUAAACUGGGAUGACAUUGCUGGAGUUGAGUUUGCAAAAGCAACUAUCAAGGAGAUAGUAGUAUGGCCUAUGUUGAGACCUGAUAUUUUUACUGGAUUACGAGGCCCUCCAAAAGGAAUUCUAUUGUUUGGCCCUCCUGGUACAGGGAAGACACUCAUUGGCAAAUGUAUUGCAUCUCAAUCUGGGGCCACAUUUUUUAGUAUCAGUGCCUCUUCAUUGACCUCCAAGUGGGUAGGUGAGGGAGAAAAGAUGGUGCGUGCAUUGUUUGCUGUAGCACGAUGCCAGCAACCAGCUGUGAUUUUCAUUGAUGAAAUUGAUUCUCUUUUGUCCCAGCGUGGUGAUGGGGAACAUGAAUCUUCCAGAAGAAUAAAAACAGAGUUCUUAGUCCAGUUAGAUGGAGCAACUACCUCUUCUGAAGACCGCAUACUUGUUGUAGGAGCAACUAACCGUCCACAAGAGAUCGAUGAGGCUGCCCGAAGGAGACUGGUAAAGAGACUCUACAUUCCACUUCCUAAUGCUUCUGCCAGGAGGCAGAUAGUGUCUCGUUUGAUGUCAAAGGAACACUGUUCUUUAACAGAAGAGGAAAUAGAUAUCAUUGUUCAAAAAUCAGAGGGAUUUUCUGGGGCUGACAUGACUCAGCUUUGUCGUGAAGCUUCUCUAGGCCCUAUCCGCAGCCUUCAGUCUGUUGACAUUGCAACCAUCACACCCGAUCAAGUGCGGCGUAUUGUCUUUCAAGAUUUUGACAGUGCUUUGAAAACUGUUCGUCCCAGUGUAUCUUCUAAAGAUUUGGAAAUGUAUGAUAUGUGGAAUCAAACAUUUGGCUGUGGAAGAUAAGGAGAAUGGAUUUGUAUACUUAUAUUUUGUGAGAAUUUUGAUUUUAAGUGAUGUUUGUUUGUAAAAAAGUUUGUUUUUCUAUUAAAUUGGCAAAAAUA